UCUUCAAGCUGAAAUUUAUAUCUGAUGAUAUCUUGAAACAUGUUUUUCGAUUCGAUUGGUCCUGAUGUAACUAGAGCAUUAUUACAUUUGUAUUUCAUCACAUUUCCUUAUGUUCCAUAUCAACCCGAAGUAUCUAACUAUUUUGAUGAAGAAUAUGAUUAUAUUAUUGUUGGAGGCGGGUCUGCCGGUUCCGUUCUCGCCUCUCGUCUCUCUGAAGAUCCUUGUGUGAAGAUCCUAUUACUGGAAGCCGGUGGUGACGUAGAUUCCCUUACAGAAAUACCAGUGGCUGCUUUUCUAACCCAGUUGACGGAUAAUGAUUGGAAGUACUUAUCGGCACCGCAGAUAAACGCCGGAGGCGGAUAUCCAACCAGGCGAUUCCCAGUGCCUAGAGGAAAAGGUCUAGGAGGUUCUAGCCUUUUAAACUGCAUGUUGUAUGUGAGGGGUUGUAAGGCAGAUUAUGAUAAUUGGGCUCAAAAUGGAGCAACGGGCUGGUCAUGGGAUGAUGUCUAUCCAUAUUUCCUGAAAGCAGAAAAUAAUACUGACCCAGAAAUUGCAAACAAUGGCUAUCAUUCGACAAGUGGUUACUUAACAGUGAGUACUCCCCCAGAAAACAAUGCUUUCAAAGACGCUAUUGCCGCAUCAGCUCAAGAAGUGGGUUACGAAUACAGAGAUAUCAAUGGAGAAAGACAUACAGGGUUCGCAAAAGUUCAGGGAACUAUAAGAGAUGGCAGAAGAUGUAGUACAGCUAAAGCGUACCUUGUACCUGCAGAAAACAGAGAUAAUCUGCACAUUGUCAACGAAGCUUUUGUUCUAAAAGUUCUUAUCAAUAAAAAUAAAGAAGCUUAUGGAGUCAGGUUUAAAAAAGAUGGCGAUGUUUAUGAUAUAAGAGCCCGAAAAGAAGUUAUUAUGAGUGCUGGAUCCAUCAAUUCACCACAAAUACUUAUGCUUUCAGGAAUUGGACCAAGAGCACAUUUGGAGAAUUUGGGAAUUAAAGUUAUUGCCGAUCUUCCUGUUGGUAAUAAUUUACAUGAUCAUGUUGGAAAUAUAAUGUUGAACUUCGAAGCCGAACACGCAAAGCCUACCUUCCUAAGGAGGGCUAUGUCACCCAGCAACCUGUUCGCAUAUAGAUUUAAGGAAACAGGCGCGGACAUCAGUCUUUCUGGCGUUGAAGGAAUGGCUUUCUUGAAUACCAAGUAUAAUGAAGAGUCCAAUUUGGAUUGGCCAGAUGUACAAAUUCAUUUCGUUUCUGGUUCACCAGCAACUGACUUCACUCAAAGCUUUAAAGAAAGCGUUGGAAUGCCUGAAGAGGUAUACGAGAAAGUAUACGUACCUUACCUUGGAAAGAAUACUUUCACCUUCUUCCCUGUUCUUCUGAGACCUAAAAGUAGAGGAACUCUUCGACUAAAUUCAACUAAUCCAGAUGAAUAUCCUCUGAUUGAUUUCAAUCUUUUUGAUGACGAAAGCGACUUGGAUAAAGUAGUUGACGUUAUGAAGCAAUGCAUAAACCUCGUAACAAAUACAAAUGCUUUUAAGAAAAUCGGAGCCAAGAUGUUCACGAUUAAAGCACCUGCUUGUGAGGAGCACGAAAUUUAUUCUGAUGAGUACCUCAGAUGUGUCGCCAGGAAUUACCCUUUCAACAUUUACCAUCCUUCUGGUACUUGCAAAAUGGGCGCUGCUGGUGAUGAUACAACUGUCGUGGAUCCUCAGUUAAAGGUAAAGGGCAUCAAGAAUCUUCGCGUUAUAGACGCAUCUGUUUUGCCAAAUAUUCCUACAGGAAAUACGAAUGCUCCGGUCAUCAUGAUAGCUGAAAAGGCAUCUGAUAUGAUCAAGAAUGAUAAUCCUGACAGGACGAGAUGUUUCCGGGGAGACGAUGCCAGAAUAAAGAGGAAUCGAUGGAAGAGAAAAUAGUCUUAUGAAACUGUUUUAAAAUUUUUGACAGAAAAAUAAAUACAGUUCAAAGCAAUAAAUC